UAUUGUUUGUAAAAAAUUCGCAAAGGCGCGUGAAAAUAGUUUGCGCGUAGGAAAAAGUAGAAUUAAAGAGCCGAUGUCGCUGAAGUGAGUCACAAACGUAUUGGAUAGUGCCGGAACAGUGUCGCCCGCUGACAUCUUUUAAAAUUGCGCAGGAUCGCAUUCCGCGAAACGCUGAAAAAAACGGUUGCUGUGAAAGACCCCUUAUAAAGGCGUGAAAAUUUGGGCGCCUUUUGCGUUUGUCGGUUGGCGUUGUGAAAUUUAUCAUCUCCGACUCGUUUUUCCGUGGUUUGGGAGUGCAAAGAGUGUAUUCCCAAGGAUUAUCAUUGUAAACUUGAGACACCCAGAAUUUAAAAACAGCAAACAUGCCUAUUUGCAAGCGGGAAGGAUUCGACCUGAAUCAGAAGGAGGGCAAAAACGAAACAUUCCAUGACAACGACCAGGUCUUCUGCUGCUACAUCACGAAGCGAAUUUUUCGUGACUACGAGAGCUACUUUCGGCACGUCAUGGUGAUUAACUCCACUGUGUGGCAGUGCGAAGCCACCGGAAAAGAGAACCUUACAUUUGAGGAGGCGGCGAAAAGUGAGCGGGCGGCGCGCAAAAAGAUGGAGCAGUUCAAACAAAGCCUACGAGCGCCCGUCCUCCUCGUGGUGGAGCACGCACGACAGUCGGCAAUCAACACCCUUAACAUGAUGGUGGCCAAAUUCCUGCGCAAGCGCUACUUCAUCGGUGAAGAGGUAUCGGUGCAGGCCAAGAAAAAUUCCACAUACACUGUGGUGGCCAUCAAGUUGGACAAAGAUAUACCGGAACCAGGCAAUGGCAUCUACGAGGACACGGACAACCUGGUGUACAGGCUACGACCGAAUAAGGGCGAUCCCAGUGCAGAGCUUGAGCUGCCGUUCAAGCAAUUGCGCCGCUCGCGCAUGGAGUUUAACUUGGAAAACCUAAACAUGUUCAUUAAGAGUAACGUGUCACGUGUGGAUGGACUUCUACGACCCAAACCAGAGGCUUACAAGCAGUACGUGACCGAUCCUGGCGUAACCUUCUCCUCCAUCUUCAUUGGAAAAAUGCCGCGCUAUUCACCUGCUAAGAUAAAGAAACCCGACUCAAAGGAUGCAAAGAGACAGUCUACUCUUAACAAGUAUAUCGUGGCCGAUGAGGCAACGGCUGCAAAGUCGAAGGCGAAGGCCAAGUCUGAUGCGAAAUCACUGGCCGAGGAAAUGGAGCGCGUGAAGCGGGAAAAGGAAGCCAAACUUAUUGAACUGGAGAAACAAAAGGCGGAAAAAAAGGCACAGCUGAUGGAGCGCGUUGAAAACGAAUGUAACUUACUGCUUCAAAAGACAGACGAUUUGGAGCGAGCCGAUCAGAAAAGGCUGCCCAGGUACAGAAAAAUUAACACUCUGCUUCCUGAGCGACUCCUGGGUGAUGCAUUUAUGAUGCGCGAGUUUAUGCACACCUACGCUGGGCUGCUGUCGGGAAUCGAGGUUUUCCGCCAGAAUCUCAGCUUUUUCGAGAUGACCCGAGCACUGAGUGCGCGUGAGAUUGCCGGUCCACUUUCAGACAUUCUCCUAGUGUUACUCGGCACUGUUUUCGAUCUGCAGAAGGAGGAGGAGGAAGAGUGUUCAGUGACCUACCUCGAUCGGGCGGCACAAACACACGAGCCAUAUUGGAGUAUGGCGCAGGCAGCCAAAAGUCACCUCUACGCCAAGAGGCACUUUUCAUUUAAGGUGAACGAACUCCCAUUGGACGCACUGACCUUGAGUGAAGUGCUACGCCUGCAUCUACUUGGAUCCGGAGCUAUCGUAAAUGAAAAAGCGGAACGAUGGAGGGUGAUGUACAGAAACGGAUACUCUUCGAAAGAAGAUCCUGGCUUGGAGUUGCGUUUGCAACACUCAAAUAUCCUGCGUCAUCUGAAAAAUUAUUCCGUAUAUCAGCUAAAGUUUAGGGAUAUAAUGCACUUGAUUCGAUGUCUGAUGUCUCAGAUUCUUACAUAUUCGGGCACAAUUAACUUAAUUGAGGAGCGCAUGGAACAGACGGCAAAGGCCAAGCAAGAUCUGCGGGCUUUAGUCGUAGGUGAAAAUAGACGCCUGGCUGCGGUUGAGAUGAACAGAAAAAAGCUUACCCAAACGCACCACCUGGAGAUGAGUGCCAGUGAGCCAGAGAAGAGAGAAGCGUUACUCGAAAAGUUAAACAAGAGUAUUGCGGAGCUUCACGCUCAAUCGGAUAACCAACACCGUAAACACGAGCAGCAAAUGCUUAAAUUGCAUUCUCAACUGUUUAAUUUCUUGGUAUACCUAGGCAUGGAUAGGUGUUACAGAAAGUACUAUGUGUUGGAGUCCAUGCCGGGAAUCUUUGUCGAGCAUUCAUCUGACAGCAUGGAUACUUGCUUGGAGCAACCUCCAGCAAACAAGUCUCAACAGGAAAUCCGUCAGCAGGCUACAUUGCCAAAGAAUCGCAAAGACUUGAGGGUAUAUCUUCUCAAGCUUUAUGGAGACGACGAUAAGAAGACCAAAAGGAAGGUCAAGCAAUCACUGGAAAACAAGGAAAAUCAAGAGCAUCGCCUUAACGGCAGUGCCGAGCCCAUGGAAGUGGAAUCAGAUACUCCAGAAGCUCCCACUCAGUUUGAGUUGAUGAUGUGCAGCGGUGACAGGAGAAAUUGUAUUGUGCACGAUCCAAGAAACGGGCAAAGGCAGCGUUGGUCAUAUAUUUACCAGCCCGAAGAGAUCGACGAACUAAUUAAGGCACUAAAUCCCAAUGGACUCCGUGAGUUCGAACUACUUCAAGAACUUUCCGUUCUUCGUUCCUUAAUCGAGCAGCAUGUAAAGACCUGUCCAGCGGAGAUGCUUAGCUUGGAAAACGAAGCCAUGCACAAAAAAUUCCUCGCAACGAUGGAAUCUGAAACUCACCGCAAAUAUGGAGAAGCAAACUUUGGAUUACCCAAUGACACCGAUUUGAAUGAAGUUAUGCGCUUGCAUUUGGUGGAUCGGAUUAUUCAAUUCGAAAACGAUAUUUAUUCUGGUGAUCUCGGCCGCCUAAAGGUCAAGGACAUGGCAAAGUGGCGAAGCGAUUUGCUUUCAGGCAGCUACGAUGCACAGUGCAAGUUGCAAUGGGGCCCUGGAGGGAAACUAGAAGAUGAGGCUGGCUCUGACAACGAGUCCCACGAGACUCACGAGGAAGAUGAUAUCGGUCUUGUAGGCAAGUACGCCAGGAAGCCAUAUAGAGAUCCUGGUUCGUAUUUGGCAACAUCUGCGGACACAGAAUCCCUACCAGACAGCGAUGAUGAAGAGGUUCAGCCGACUAACUCCGUCUCUAUUCCAAUCGCGGUGCACAACAUGGCUUCAGCGCUUCUGCAAGUGGAACAGGCUAUCGGAAAGCGGUUCCUAAAAGAACCUUAUGGUAUGAAGAAGUGGGACCCCAAGCAAGAGGCUUUGAAACUCACCUGCGACUCUCGUCUGCACCAAUGGGAAGUGUCGCUAAUGGAGAGUACCAGCUUUGCCCAGGUGUUUUUGCACCUUAAUAUCCUGCAUGACUGCAUACAGUGGAGGCGGUCAACUAACAAGUCCUUGUGUAAGGUCUGCCGACGUGGAAGCGAUCCGGAGAAGAUGUUGCUAUGCGACGAGUGCAACGCUGGCACUCACAUGUUUUGCCUAAAGCCCAAGCUAAGAUCUGUUCCACAAGGCAACUGGUAUUGCAAUGAUUGCGUUAAGAGUUUGGGUCUAAAUGCUGAAAACGAGAAAGAUAAAAGGCAGACGGCAACGAGGAAACGCAAGUUUAUUGUUGAAGAGGAGGAUGAGCAAACGGACGAAGAAGAGGAGGAGCAGGACGAUGAGGAUGAAGAAGACGAGAACGCGGAGCAGGAUGAGGAAGUUUCUGACGACAAAAGCGUAGCUUCCACACGCUCAUCUUUAAGAGUCAACGGUCGCUCUCUAAGGCGGUCUCGCACGCGACCCUCGAGUAAUCGACUCACAUCAAAAGAGAUUGAAGAGGCUGUGGAUGAGACCGAGAGCGCUGAAAUUAGCGAUGACGCUUCCCUGACAGCCGAUGAAGAUGCUGUAGAAGACGAGCCCGAUGAAGAGAAGGUGUGUCAGAAGUGUUUCUACGACGGCGGUGACAUUAGAUGCGUGCAAUGCAAAUUGUACUUUCAUCUGGAGUGCGUCCACCUCAAGCGUCAUCCCCGCACGGAGUUCGUCUGUAAGACCUGCAAACCAGUACCACAGAGACCGAGGCGCCGGCACAGUAACAUGAACGGUGACGAUGACAACGAUGAGGAUGAGCCGAAAGCCAAGCGCUCCAGAAACUCUGUUCGUCUAUCCAUCGACAAGUCCGCACGCCAAAGCAACGGCAAUAAUAAUAAUAACAACAGCAGCACUAAUAACAACAACCAUCGGAGAAGCGGUCGUCGGACGAACGAGAACCUUCCGUUGAACAGUGCCGCCUUAUACGAUCUGCUAGAACAGAUUAUGAAGCAUAAGGCAGCUUGGCCGUUUUUGCGACCAGUGCUAACAUCGGAGGUGCCCGAUUAUCAUAAGAUCAUCAAGACGCCCAUGGAUCUGGCUAAGAUUAAGUCCAAGCUAAACAUGGGGUCCUAUCAGCUGAACGAGGAGCUGCUCAGUGACAUUCAGUUGGUGUUUAGGAACUGCGAUUUGUACAACGUAGAGGGCAACGAGAUAUAUGACGCUGGCUGUCAACUAGAGAGAUUCGUUAUCGAUCGCUGCAAAGAUAUGCAGCUGCCUUUUAGGCCCAGCGAUAUGAAUGGGGAAGUCGAAGCUUGCUGAGAUUACCGCUGAUCUCUGCCACUCUUGUGUAAACUAGUUAGCUUACUCUUAGUUGUAGUCGGAAACUUUAUAGAUUUAAGCAAAACCAUUAAGUUUAUUUAAAUAUCCGCUAUGUUUAAUAUUCUCAUUUAAGUGCAGUUAAAAGUUUUCGCACACGCACAGGCAAAAAUAUUAUUGUUUUAUGAGACAUUAGGUAUUUUAGAAAUUACGAAAAUUCCACAAUCAAUAAAUGAAGUGAGUGAAAAACUUUAAA